UUCUCCUCUCUCACAGAAAAUUGGUCCCCUUCUCCUGAGCGAGAGAGCAAACCCUAGGUAAGAGUCCGCGAAUCCAUCAUAGUUAGACGAUCGAAUUCUGAAGAAGGUGACAAAUCUCAUUGAUCGAAGAUGCUGAGAGUAGCAGGGAGGAGGCUAUCUUCUCUCUCAUGGCGGUCUGGUCAGACUUCGUUGCCUGCGGCCUCCUCUAGGAAUCCAUUCACCGCCGGUGAUUCAUCUUCAGAUGGGCGCACCGGAUCCAUCUCUUUACCCGUUUACCCGUGUGCCUUCUCCAAUUCACUUUUCGAUCAAAUCAGAGGGUUUUCUUCUGGUACCCUUGCUCCGGGACAGGAGACAGGUGUGAUUCCAGAUGUCCCUGCUACAGUGGCAGCAAUCAAGAAUCCCAGUUCAAAGAUUGUCUAUGAUGAGCACAACCAUGAGCGUUAUCCACCAGGUGAUCCCAGCAAACGUGCAUUUGCAUACUUUGUUUUGACUGGAGGCAGGUUUGUGUAUGCGUCGUUGGCCCGUCUCCUCGUCCUGAAAUUUGUUUUGAGCAUGUCUGCCAGUAAAGAUGUCCUUGCUCUUGCUUCCCUUGAAGUGGAUCUAUCUAGCAUUGAACCUGGGACAACUGUUACUGUGAAGUGGCGAGGAAAGCCAGUUUUCAUUAGGCAUCGAACUGAAGAUGACAUUAAGUUGGCCAACAGUGUCGAGCUUGCCUCCCUUCGUGAUCCACAAGAAGAUGCUGUUAGGGUUAAGAAUCCAGAAUGGCUUGUAGUCGUUGGAGUGUGCACUCAUCUGGGUUGCAUCCCCUUGCCAAAUGCUGGUGACUUUGGUGGUUGGUUUUGUCCGUGCCAUGGAUCCCAUUACGACAUCUCUGGUAGGAUUCGCAAAGGACCUGCACCAUACAACCUUGAGGUUCCCACUUACAGCUUUUUGGAUGAGAACAAGUUAUUGAUUGGUUGAGUAUUCUCUUUAUUAGGUUGUCGAGCACCAAUUCUGGGGAAGCCAGAACUAUCUUUUCAUACUCAUUUGUAACUGUUAAUUUUGCCUUUAGAAGGCUGUUUGAGUUAUGCUUGAUUGACUUGAAUAGCCCAGCAGUCUGAAGGGGCUUGCUGUUCUUAAUAAUGCUGGCUACUCAUUAUUAUUUCGUCCUUUUAAAGAAUCUGUAUUAAGAGUAUAUCUUUGUUAGGAAUAAACAGCGUGAUGAGGCUUUCUAUUAUGCUCAUUCAAAACUGUCA